ACGCCCGACAGGCGCUGCCCACCUCCGAGGCGGACCCCAGAAGCGCUUCGGGGAGGCGGGGGACUCCGGGAUGGGGCUGCGGGGGCCGCGGGCGGGCCGGUGGCUUCCGCCCGGCGCGGCACAUUCCUGCACCGUGAGUCAGGGCGGCGGCGCGGCGGGAUGCGUCGUCCCGCUGCCCUCGGCUCUGGCAGCUCUCUGGCGGGAUUCACGCCGCCGAUCCCGGCUCCCUUCCCGUCACCCAUUUGCAUGCCGCAGCUGUGAAUGGCGUGCCCGGCCGGCCGGCCCCUGGCACGGGGGAGGAGUCUCCGCGCCCUACCCGGGCCGAGCUCGGCGGCGCCGGUUCCUUAAACCUCACUGGGGGGUGGCCCGAACCGAGCGGCGCUGCGCCGCUGCGCUUCACCCGCCUUCACGGCCUGAGGACAGACGUGGGACGAUGUCGGAGGUGCGACACGACAGCACCAGCAGUUUGCAGCGCAAGAAGCCGCCAUGGUUGAAGCUGGACAUCCCGGUGCCGGUGCCUGUGCCCGUGCCAGAAGAGCCCCAGUUUGUGCAGCCCACCCGACGCCAGGCCUUCCUGCGGAGUGUCAGCAUGCCGGCCGACAACACCCGCGUGCCCUCCCUGCCCCACGAGGGCAGGAGGCCAGUGCUGCAACGACAGACCUCCAUCACCCAGACCAUCAAGAGAGGCACAGCAGACUGGUUUGGGGUGAGCAAAGACAGCGACGCUACUCAGAAGUGGCAGAGGAAGAGCCUCCGCCACUGCAGCCUGCGCUAUGGGAAGCUGAAGCCGCAGGUCAUCCGGGAGAUGGACUUGCCCAGCCAGGACAACAUUUCUCUGACCAGCACAGAGACUCCCCCUCCGCUCUAUGUCGGGCCCUGCCAGCUGGGCAUGCAAAAGAUCAUAGACCCCUUGGCCCGCGGGCGAGCCUUCCGUGUGGCGGAUGACAGCGAGGGCUGCAGCGUGCCCCACACGCCCAUCACGCCGGGCGCCACCUCGCUCUGCUCCUUCACCAGCUCCCGCUCCGGCUUCAGCCGCCUGCCGCGCCGCCGCAAGCGCGAGUCCGUGGCCAAGAUGAGCUUCCGAGCCGCUGCCGCCCUCGUCAAGGGGCGCUCUGUGAAGGACAGCACCUUGCGGAGGGCUCAGCGGCGCAGCUUCACCCCCGCCAGCUUCCUGGAGGAGGACACGGUGGAUUUCCCAGACGAGCUCGACACGUCCUUCUUCGCUCGGGAAGGAGUCCUUCAUGAAGAGCUUUCCACGUACCCAGAUGAAGUGUUCGAGUCACCGUCAGAAGCUGCAAUCAAAGAUGCUGAAGUGAAACCUCUGGAUCAGACAGAUCUCACAGGAGGUGCCUUGGACAAAAAUGAGCUUGAAAGAAGCCACUUGCUGCUGCCGCUGGAGCGCGGCUGGAGGAAGCAGAAGGACGGGGCCCUGGCACAGCCCAAGGUGCGCUUGCGGCAGGAGGUGGUGAGCGUCAGCCCUCAGAAGCGCGGGCAGCGCAUCGCCGUGCCCGUCAGGAAGCUCUUUGCCAAGGAGAAGAGGCCCUAUGGCCUGGGCAUGGUGGGCAAGCUGACAAACAGGACCUACCGCAAGCGCAUCGACAGCUACGUCAAGCGGCAGAUCGAGGACAUGGAUGACCACAGGCCUUUCUUCACGUACUGGGUCACCUUUGUGCAUUCCCUCAUCACCAUCCUGGCCGUGUGCAUCUACGGCAUCGCCCCCGUGGGGUUCUCGCAGCACGAAACGGUGGAUUCUGUCUUGCGAAACAGAGGGGUUUAUGAGAACGUCAAAUAUGUUCAGCAGGAGAACUUCUGGAUUGGCCCCAGCUCAGAGGCCCUGAUCCACCUAGGGGCCAAGUUCUCUCCGUGCAUGAGGCAGGACCAGCAGGUGCACAGCUUCAUCAGUGCCAAGAGGGAGAAGGAGAAGCACUCGGCCUGCUGCGUGCGCAACGACAAGUCAGGCUGCGUGCAGACCUCGGAGGAGGAGUGCUCGUCCACGCUGGCUGUGUGGGUGAAAUGGCCUCAGCACCCCAGCACCCCAACGCUGGCAGGAAGCAAGAGGCAAUUUGGGUCUGUUUGUCAUCAGGAUCCCAGGGUGUGUGAGCAGCCAGCCUCGAUGGAACCCCACGAGUGGCCAGAUGACAUCACCAAAUGGCCGAUUUGCACCAAGAACAGUGCUGGCAAUUACACCAACCACCUGCACAUGGACUGUGUGAUCACAGGCCGGCCCUGCUGCAUCGGGACCAAAGGAAGGUGUGAGAUAACCUCCCGUGAGUAUUGUGAGUUCAUGCGGGGCUACUUCCAUGAGGAGGCAACACUCUGCUCUCAGGUGCACUGCAUGGAUGACGUCUGUGGACUCCUCCCUUUCCUGAACCCAGAAGUCCCUGACCAGUUCUACCGCCUCUGGCUCUCACUUUUCCUGCACGCUGGGAUCCUGCACUGUCUGGUUUCAGUCUGUUUCCAAAUGACGAUCCUGCGGGACCUAGAGAAGCUGGCAGGAUGGCAUCGCAUCUCUAUCAUCUACCUGCUCAGUGGCAUCACUGGGAACCUUGCCAGUGCAAUAUUUCUACCCUACAGAGCAGAGGUCGGCCCUGCAGGAUCCCAGUUUGGGAUUCUGGCCUGUCUCUUUGUGGAGCUGUUCCAGAGCUGGCAAAUCCUGGCACGCCCCUGGAGGGCCUUCUUCAAGCUGCUGGCCGUGGUGCUCUUCCUUUUUGCCUUUGGCCUCCUGCCUUGGAUCGAUAACUUUGCUCACAUUUCAGGAUUUAUCAGCGGCUUCUUCCUCUCCUUUGCCUUCCUGCCCUACAUUAGCUUUGGGAAGUUUGAUCUGUACAGGAAGCGAUGCCAGAUCAUAGUCUUCCAGCUCAUCUUCAUCGCCCUCUUCUCAGGACUGGUGAUCCUCUUCUACUUCUACCCCAUCAAGUGCGAGUGGUGCGAGUUCCUCACCUGCAUCCCCUUCACAGACAAGUUCUGCGAGAAGUACGACCUGGACACGCAGCUCCACUGACCGGCGGGGCCCGGCGUCUCCAGCGGGCACUGGAGAGGGCCUGCCUCUGCCUCUGCUGUGCCACCUCCCUGGGGACAAAGCCUCUAACCCCAUGACCCUUCUAACCCUGCCCCUGGAUAAUUUAAACUGCCUCCCCAGCCCUCGGGGUUUGCCUUAUCUUAGAGGA